UUUCAGUGAUGGUUUCAAGAGUAUUUCAUUCAUGAAAACCCGGUUUGUUGUGGUCAUGAAAUCUAUACAGAGGUUUACUUUGUUCGAAAUCUUGUAGUUACUCGCCCUUUUCACCCCUCUUCUUUGUCACAAAUUACGGCCUAAAACUGGUUACAAAUGCCAAAACAGUGUUAGUUAUGAUGAGAUAAGACACCAAGCUUGCUGAUCGUGUGGUUUAUUGUUGAUAUGUGCCGGUGUAGUGAUGGAAUUCAGCGCGUCAAAUCGUCAGAGAGAUGAAGAUUGAAAAGAUACUCAUUUCCGAUGUUGAUGCGUAAGAAGAAGCAUAGCUAAACAUCGAACAGGUGUGUGACAGAUACACCCAGCUCUAUACUGCUAUGGAGAAGGGAGAGAAAUCUUCACCCAGUCCCAGCAGGGGGCUCAACUACUUUGACACAGCCAAUCUUCUGGGCCCCUCUCCGUUCAGCUCGUCUGCCGCUCUGGCCCCACCGUUUGCUCACCUGGCUCAUAUCCCCAGCGCUUUUUCCAUGUUGGGGAGGAUUCCACCAUUCCCAGCUCCCCCUCCAUUCGGAGGCCUAGGUGCACUCACUGACCCUUUGAGGGCAUCCAGCGCUCUUGCACACAGCUCAUGUUCAUCCACAGGCUCCUUCCUACACAACGCGUUCACCUCUACAUCUCCAUUAUCGAUGGUAUCACCUCUGAAAUUGACAUCCUCAUCACUCACAUCCCCCUCUUCGUCCAAAGCCACAUCUUCCAAGACCAGCAAUUCCUCAGCAGUCACGAGUAGCAGCAGCCGUGGCAGUGGUCACCAUUGCUCCCAUGGACACAGCAGGAGUUCUCCCAUGAAGGAGUCGUCGGGACGAUCUCGUGGUCGUCACAAAUCCUCCAACUCCCUGGCCACAUCUACAUCGGCCUCUUCUCCCAAGUCUGACAGUUUCCUGCUCUCUGCUGGGAAGAAGUCAAACUCUGCGUCUCCCCUCUCCAUAUCAUCUCUUCUCUUUAAGAAUGACCAUUCACAGAGCUUGGGAGAGAAAAGAAGUGAGAGUGACAGUUUAUCUGAUGCCAGUUCUCCCAGCAGUUUGAGCAGUGAUGAUAGCUCGGGAAGUAGUGGAGAUGAGAAGGAAGACAGUUUUAACAGGAAGAAGAAAGGACGCUCUCGGAAGUCUUCAGAUAGAAAUUCUCAAGGCAGCGCUGUAAUCCAGAUUGAUGGAGCAAAGAAGCAGCUUAUGGCUGAUCAGAUACGGCAAAAAAUGCAGGGCAAGUUAACCAUGCCCCCACCCUCAAUCAUGGGACGGUUAGAAAGGCAUCGAGGUAGAGGACGACCUCCUCGUAACUCUGUUGUCUCCAACAUGGACCACAGCAAUGAGGAUCAGAAAAUGAGACAAGAUCUGAAGAAGCAGCUUGAAGCAGAGCUGAAACAACAACAACUAAAACUGAAACUUCUGAAACAUGCGCAAACCCAGAAAGACAAAGAGGCAGCUGCCAGAGAAGACCUUAGCAGGCCUCUCAACUUACAGAAGAAUGCUGGGAAGGGAAAGGGCAGUGUUGAGAAAACGUCACAGGUGCUCCCAUAUGGUAAUGAUGUGGAGAAGGGGAGUGACAUGGAGAGACAUUUGGCCAAGAUACGAAGCGUCAGCGAGGGAGGAUCGGAGAGUAAUCACUCUGAUGUCAGCUCAGACAGUGACAUGGAUAAUGAUGAUAUGAACAGUGGUCUGGGGUCCAGUGGGGAUAGUGAUAACUCCGAUCCAGGCAAGUCCACCGUCAGUGAGGGCAGUGCUUCCCCUUCCAAGCGGGGAGCAGAUACAUCCUCUGAUAGUAAUGCACCACACAAGCGCCGGCGGGUAAUGGAUGAGAAAGAGCUUAGAAUACCGCUGGAGCACGGAUGGAGGAGGGAGACGCGAAUCCGUACUGUUGGCUCAAGGGGAAUCGCAGGCGAAGUCCUCUACUAUGCCCCGUGUGGAAAGAAACUGAAGACCUAUCCUGAUGUAACACGGUAUCUUGAAAAAAAUGGCAUAACUGAUUUGACUCGAGAAAACUUUACAUUCAGUUCCAAAUACAACAUCGGUGAUUUUAUGGAGGCCAGACAUGGUGAAAAUGGCUUCACUGUGCUGUCAGAGGAGGAAGUGAUGGGGCGACUAAUGUGGGCAGAGAAAAGACGGAAUCAAUCUGGACGAUCCUCACAACGAAACGACAGAAGACGGCUGGCUCACGAUGUGGCUCGUCAGGCUGUGGAGGUCAAACUGAGGAAGAAGUUAGAACAGCAAGAUAUGGCCAGAAGAAGUGCCGAGAUGAAAUUGUUGAGGAAAUUGGAAAAGCAGCGUCAGAAGGAAGAGGAAAGGCGAAACAAGCAGCUCAAAGUCAUGGAAAGGAAAAAACAGAAGAACCAGAUAAAAAUGAUGAAACAACAUGAGAAGCUUCAGAGGCAGGAACAGAUGAGGAUGGAGCGUGAGAUGCGGGCUCAACAGAUUUUAGAGGCUCGCCGACGUCGCAAAGAAGAUAUUGAAAAGUUACGCUACGAAGAGGCUUUGCGUAAAGCGCAGUCAAACAUGUUGUGGUACCAGCUGGAAAGAGAUCGUGAAAUGAAGAGACAACAAGCCGUGUUAAUGAAGGAACAGGAAAGAGAAUGGCAGAAACAGAUGAUGCUAAUCGCUAACAUGGAAAGGGAAAGGAGACGUCAACACAUGCUGUUAGUGAAGGCCUUAGAAGCCAGGAGAAAGCAAGAGGAAAGAGAAAAAGCCAAAGAAGAAAAGAAGGCAGAAAAGAUCUUUAUCAGAGAAAAGAAAGUGGAACAGAAACGCCUAGAAAUGCAGCUUGCUCAGGAGUUGAAACAACCAAGAGAGGAUUUGGAGCUAAGAGACCUCAAGCAAUUGCCUGACUUGAACCGGUUGCCAGGAGUUAAACUGCCUGGCCAGGCUCUGGCAGAUUGUAUUAUGGUCCUGGAGUUCCUGAACAACUUUGGGGAGGCUCUUGGAUUCGAUAGUACGUCCAUGCCAAAUCUAGACACCUUGCAGAAGGGACUGAUGAAUGACAAUGAGGAUGACGUAGAGGAACUUAUGUCCAUUAUCACCCACCUGGUACAGUUUGCUAUAGAUGACCCAGGUGUUCCUAAUCCCAAAGAGGCAUUAACGAAGAUGGGUCAGAAGAUCACGGACCUGGAGGUGACAGACACUGUAGUGUCUGAGGUGUUACGUGUGUUCGUCAAAGCCAGGGCAGGCAAGCAGCAUGAGCUGUGCAAGUUGCUUGAGGACAAACCUAUUGAGGCCUUAAACUCCACCCAGAAGGCAGCUAUCCUUGCCUUCCUAUGCAAUGAAAUCCUCUGUAGCAGACUCAUCACCAGUGAAAUCGACAACAACAUUGAAACCAUGUCUAACCUUCGCAGGGACAAGUGGGUAGUGGAGGGAAAGUUAAGAAAGUUGCGAGUGGUCCAUGCUAAAAAAUUCAACCGUCCGGAGCAGAAGGCAGCUGCUCAGCUGGAUAAUUCAACGAUAUCAAACAGCAGUAUUGGUGGAGAAACUGACACAGAGACUAACAUGUCACAGCCUAUGAUGGAGACGCAGAGCAGUAAGCAGGGCAGUGAUGAAGAGGAUGAUGAGAGUGGUAAUGAGAGUGAUGCCACCAAUGUGACUGGCAAUAACUCUGAGGAGGAGGACCCUAUCACGGCAGAGGAAUGUGAGAAAAAGAUUGAGAAGCUUACAAAACAACACAGUCAGUACCGUAACAAAGUGUUCAGUGCGUCUCACAAAUUGAGGGGGACGUGUUUUGGGCAGGAUCGUUACAAGAGGUGGUACUGGGUGUUACCCUAUCUAGGGGGUGUGUUUGUGGAGGGUCUAGAGUCUGGGGAACUGGGUGGUCGGUUUGACUUCACGUCAACCAGUAAGCUGUGUAUGAUAGACCAGAGGACAGAUGAGAUGAAACAGAGGCUGGAGAAGUGUAAGCUGGAAAUCCAGAAGCUGGAGAAUGGGGAGCUGGAAGAGGAGCAGCGGCUGGUGAAAACAGAGCCCAUGGAUGUCAGUGAGGAAAAUGUCAAACCCUGUCCCAAGCUCGAGGCUGACAGUGAGAAACUGACUCCUAAAGCUGAAGUUAACGGCCUUGAGCACACUACUUCUAAUUCUACCUCAGAAAGUCAGAACCAGCCUAACGACAAAUCAUUGUGCAAUGGCGAUGUGGACGCUGGCUCAAAUCACGUACCUGUGUGUAAGCAGGAGGGUGUUGUGUGCGAAAAAGACACAGAAUCAAGUUCUCAUUUAUCCCAAGAAAAGGCAGCUUCAAAUAAUUUAUCAGAUUUGUUGAACUCCAAACCAGAAGUGUCAUCAGACGAGACUUGUGUUAAAACCAGCAGUCCUGUUAUAACAUCCAUGCCUCUCACAAACGGGACCGCAAGCUCAGAGUCUAGUGUAACAGAAUCCAAGCCUAGCUUUCUCAGUAUAGACUCAAUGUUGAAGAAGGAAGACACUGGGCCAACACUUCAUAACAACCAUUUCCUCCCACCAGGUCUUCUGCCUGAUGGACCUUUCUCUGCUGAGCAAAUGCUCAAGAACUUGUCUGACCGACAGAACCACAAGCCUUGGUUCAGUAUUUUACCCCGUCUGGCUUGUGACGGCUCGGCGGGUGACCAUUCAUCAGAUUUACCCAGAGCACAGCUCAAUUCAUCCAUGUCAUUUCUAUCUCCUGUGCCAUUCCGAGCAUUUCAAAUGCACAGCCCAACAUUCAGCUCAUUCCAAAUGGGUCAGAUUGGAGUUUCUCAGUCUGAUUAUAAUUUAUUACCUCUAACCCCAAAGAGUUCCACCCCAGGAGGAGAUUCCUUUAAAGUGCCCAACACCCCAGGAGAGUGCCCCACCACAUCCAACUCUCCCGCUCCAUCAGACCUGCUCAAGUAUGAACCCGCAGAGCCCAUUCCCAUACCUGAAGACUCUCAGCGAGGUUGGUGGCGUAUCACAAAUCCAGAUCACUUCAAAAGUCUUGUCCGAUCCUUACAUCCUAGAGGCAUUAGAGAGAGAGACCUCCAGAAAGCUUUCCAGAAGAGUUUUGACUUCGUGUGCCAGUCCUGUACGAAAGGAGACAAAGAAGCACUGGUGAUUGAGGAAACCAAAGAAGAAGAUGAUGACACCAAAGAUGAGGAUGAAGAUGAAGAGGAGGAGGAGGAGGAGGCGGUGCAGGAAGAGGAGGCCACAGAGACCAAAGAGGAAGGGGAGGAAAAGAUCAAUGACAAAGAGGAAUCAACAGACGAGAAGGUGGAGGAGGAUAAGUCCGCAGUGAGUCCACCUGAUUCCUCUGCCCCACCACCUCUCACCGCCCCAGACCCAGAUGACCCAGACGUCUGGGACGCCACUGUGGCGUUUGAGAUUGAGUCGUCAGUGCUGGAGGAGGUGGAAGCCAUGGAGGAUCGAAUCUUUACAGCUAGCUUGCAAGUCAAGGGCUGGAAACUGCCAGAAAAAAUAGCUGAGAUGACUGAAGUGGAAACUGUCAGCCGUGCGAACACAGUUCUUAAGGAGACGCAGGUUUAUCCUCUUGAGGUCGCCAAGGACAAACUUCUCAAACUAGAAAAGAACAUAGAACGAAGAUACCUCAAACCACCGUUCUCAAAAAGUGUACAGAUUAAGCUGGAGAACAUAACUACCAAGUUGGCCGAGGCAAAUAGUGCUGAGCGUCGAAGGAUGGAGGAGGAUCAGAAGGAGGAUCAAGAGGAGUCUGAGGAGGAAAAGGAAGAACAGAAGGAUGUGAGUAAGGAGAAGCUGCCAGCGGGACUGGUAUCCUGGAGGUCAGCGGUCUCCACCGCUACCUCCCCGGCACAACUGGCACUCUGUCUCUACCAGCUCAACAGAUCCAUCGCUUGGGAGAAAUCCAUCAUGAAAGUGUUGUGCCAGCUGUGUCGUAAGGAUGACAAUGAGGCGGAACUGCUUCUGUGUGAUAGUUGUGACAAGGGCUACCAUACCUACUGCUUCAAACCAAAGAUGGUAUCAAUUCCAGAUGGGGACUGGUACUGCUAUGAAUGUAUCUCAAAGGCCACUGGUCUUCCUCACUGCGCUGUGUGUGGAAAGAAGACAGGAAAACUGCUGGAGUGUGGCACAUGUCCCCGUGCCUUACACAUGGACUGUAUGGAAUCUCCACCAGCCAAAGCACCGAAGAAGUGGUUUUGUCCCUCCUGUGUGGCAGAGAAGUCCAAAAACAAGAAAAGCAAGAAAAAGGCCAAGAAAGAUGAAAAGGCUGCUAAAGAAACGAAGAAAGAUAGAAGAGACCCUGAAAGUGUUACGGAGACUUCAACACCAGAGCCCAAGACAAAGAAGGGGAAAACCACACCUGUUGUUGACAGCACCAAAGACUCAGAGGACCUAGAGCCAUGCAGAGUGUUGUUACCAGAGAUGGAGAAGCAUGAAGACAGCUGGCCAUUCCUACAGCCGGUCAACACUAAACAGUUCCCUCAGUACAAGAAGUACAUCAAACAUCCAAUGGACUUCAGUACAAUGAGGACUAAGCUCAAGGAGAAUGUGUACAAGUCCCGCGGAGAGUUUGCUGCUGAUGCCCGCCUGGUCUUCAACAAUUGUGAAACCUUCAACGAGGAUGACUCAGAAGUGGGGAAAGCUGGUCACAACAUGAGGAAACUGUUUGAGCAACGGUGGAAAGAACUGUGUUCACAGAACAGCUAGCCUACAUCUGUGAUAGCGUCUCAGCUCAUAUAUACCACCUGUGCUGUACUGACUCACCCCUCUCAUUGUCAUCAUCGUCAUCAUCACAUGGACUUGUUGCCAGUCAUCAUCCAUCUUACCAUUACUGGAGGUGAAUCCUGAAACGACUUACUUUUCUAUUGGAUCUGCAUGGGCUAUUGGCUAUACCAUGAUAGCAGAGGAUGGUUUAGACUGAUCAAGCUGCAUGCUUAAUGCGUCUGUUUUCCUGUGCCUGGAGUCCUCCAUGCACCCUGACCCUGGCAUCUUGUUGUUCAGCCUGGUCCUCUAUCCCUGUAGUGAUGUGUGCUCAGGUGAUGUCAGAGGCAAGAUGUCAAGUGUGCUCAGGGGAAACUACUAUCUCCUGUACUUGAUGUCAACAAAUGUGCAAUGUUAGGUAGAAGUCACAUUUUACACUCAUAUUCCAUGUGGAACUUUACACUCAUAUUCCGUGUGGAACUUUACACGUGUCGUUGGACUCAUCUUCGAUAUUGCUGAAGUUUAUAAAUGUGUCUGAUAUUUUUUUGCCACGAUUAAUAAAUAUUUAUAUACUUUGUCCUUGCUAAUUUAUGUGGGAUGUGAGGAGUGGAUUCCCUGUCAUCAUCCCUUUCAGUGCUGAUUGUAUGGUAAACUUGACUGUUAUCAGUGAUUGAGGUUAAGUUAUUGUUUUCUACCCUUGUGUACAUUGUUAAAUUAUUGUUCAGAUGUGCAGAUUGUUUUCUGGUAUUGGUAUACUAUAAAACUGUUAGAUGGUGUAUGUGAUCAGCUGUAAUGUCCGUCAGAAGGUUACUGAAGUGUAGCUGUGGUCAGUACUCUCCACAGUUUACUUUGUGAAAGUCAUAAACAUUUUUGAAGCAUAUUGGUUUUCUGAGUGUGUACAAACAGCGUAUCUGAUGGUAUAAUAUACUGCAAGUCUGUCUGACUGGGCUCUGUUUUUGGGGAGCAUUCGUGAACAUAAGUAAUCAAUGUUUUAGAUCAGUCUAUGUUAUUGUUAGUAUUGUAGAAAUUUGCCUUGUGAUAGGUUCUAGGUGUAGUAUGUUUCACUGAAAAGAAUGACUCCAGCUGAGAGCUUCAGUAAGGUAUAGUAUACUGCACAUAACUGGAUGUAGUAUGACAAGUUUUUAUAGACAAGAGUUGUCAUUGCAUCAGAUUCCUCAGUUGGCCAAAUUUUAAAUUCAACUUUUAUGUGUUUUUUUUUUUUUUCUCUUGGCAUAAUACUGACUAGGCUGCUCUGUAAGAGUUAUUUUUCAAAUACAUGUAUUGUAGAAAUGGUUCAGUAGAUCUGUGAUAUGUUAAAGAGAUCAUGAAUUUUAAAGUAGCUUAGCACAUGACUAAAUGAUUGAAAUAUUCUGUGGUGAGUUUAUCAUGCUGGCAACUUGACUAUUAAGGAUGAAUUUACAGUAGGCGUGUCAUGUAAAGAACCUGUUAUGCCUGGCCACAUUAUCUGAUUCUGAAAUAGGACCAAUACAAGAAGUUGAUGUACAACCAAGCCUUCUUUUGCUUGUGUGUUGAACGUGAGGGCUUGACAAGCAAGUACAUGUAGAUAUCCACAAGAGCGAGCGUGUGUAUGAGAUAUUGUCGAUCUGCAGGACUGCUUUACCAAACCUUAAU